AUGGCAAAUACUGCAUGCUUUAUGAUUGUCAGCAAAAAUGACAUCCCAAUUUAUGAAGCUGAAGUUGGUUCUGUCCCCAAAAGAGAAGACAUUGCUCAUCAGCACCAGUUCAUACUGCAUGCGGCUUUAGACAUUGUUCAAGACAUGGCUUGGACUACUGGUGCUAUGUUUUUAAAAGCUAUUGACAGAUUCGACGACUUGGUGGUAUCGAUUUAUGUGACUGCUGUGUUACAUACUCGACUGAUGCUGCUUCACGGUUCCCGUAAUGAUGAUGGAAUCAAGAGCUUCUUCCAAGAGGUUCACGAGCUCUAUAUCAAGGUCAGUUGUUCACAUGCUUCUCGUACAUGUGGAAACUCUUCUCAAUCCGCUCUACGUUUCUGGAAGCCGUAUUACAUCAUCACAUUUCGAUACAAAAGUCCGAGGACUUGCCAGAAAAUAUCUGUGAAGCCUGCUUUAGACCUUAAAUUUUCAAGGGAUAUGCGAGAGGUUUACCUUAACUUGAUCGUCAGUAGAAGUAGAUUGAUCCUGAUUUUCGUAAUCUUUGACGCCUUCAUUCCUUUCAUCAACAAGAGAAUUCAGCACUGCUGGAAUCGUAUCUUGCUGCGCAGCAGCCGAGAUCCAUGGGAUCUCGAUAUUUUAGGACAGAGUGAUACAUGA